GCGGUGCUGACUCAGCCUGGGCCGAAGGAAGCGCAGGGCGAUGGCGCUCAGCCCCCCCGAGAGGCAGCCGGGCCCGCCCGAGCCCCCGCACCCGGCGCUCCCGCAGCCGCAGCAGCGGCGGCGGCAGCAGCAGCACGACGACGAGGACGAGGCCGAGGCCGAGGCCGAGCUCGACCCCCAGCAGCUGCGCGGCCUGGAGCCCGAAGCCGGCGGGAUCCCGCUUCACUCGCCCUGGACCUUCUGGCUCGACAAGUCCCUUCCUGGCACCACAGCAGCUGAAUGUGCAUCAAACUUAAAGAAGAUUUACACAGUCCAAACUGUACAGAUCUUCUGGAGUGUUUAUAAUAAUAUUCCUCCUGUGACAAACCUGCCUCUGAGAUGUAGUUAUCAUUUAAUGCGUGGAGAAAGACGACCGUUGUGGGAAGAGGAAAGCAAUGCCAAAGGAGGUGUGUGGAAAAUGAAGGUCCCAAAAGACAGUACGUCUGCAGUUUGGAAAGAGUUACUGCUAGCUACCAUUGGGGAACAGUUUGCAGAUCGCUGUGCAGGAGGUGAUGAAGUAAUAGGGGUUAGCGUCAGUGUUCGUGACCGGGAAGAUGUUGUUCAAGUUUGGAAUGUAAAUGCAUCAGUAGCAAGUGAAGCUACAGUUUUAGAAAAGAUCUAUGAACUACUGCCCCAGACAUCUUUUAAAGCAGUUUUUUAUAAACCUCACAAGGAGCAUCAUGCUUUUGAAGGUGGACGUAGAAGACAUUAACAGUACUGAAAUCCUGAGGUGUGUGUGUCCUUUUUAUUUUAUUUUUUUGAGAUCCUCAAAAUAAGAAGAUGGACAAAACACUUGCAAAAGCAUUACAACCCCUGCUUUAUUUUAGAUAUUUCUAUUCCUCUUGAGCCGCUGGUACUUAAAACCAAGGAGAAUAGCUGCCUCAUUUGCAGAUCAUGAUGUUCCUUUUGACUUAUCAACACAAAAGUCACUUUCCUUUUAGUAUUCUUUUAUUUUUAAGGUAGAAGACUUCAUGGUUAAGUAGUUUACUGUUACCUAGUUUAACUGCACAUGUGCACAGGUGUGAUAUGCUGCUUUCCCCCCCUAGACUUGCUGUACCUAGAUAAAUAAUAUCAUUGUGAACCAUUUGUUUGUAUUUGCUUUGAGACAUUCCUAUCAUGUUAAGAACUACUCACAGAUCUGUACCCAGAGAGACUGAAAUUUGCACUGCUCUAAUGUACAGCAGGAGAAAUCCAGUCAUGGAAAUCUUGCUCAAGCUCCAUUAAAAUUAUUGGUACCUGCGCAGCACCUGCGCUGACUAGAUGGUUUCUAGUGUCCUCUGCACAUGCACUGAUAAUGUCCAUACUGUAUUUUUGAAUAGUCACUGAACAGAGCCUGUCAUUGAGAAUUCAUUUUCCUUUUCACUGAAUUUCGGAUUCUGGAUAUAUGAGCCCUUUAGGAAACUGUGGGUUAGUUCACACUUGAGCACGGCCCACUUCUUUCGGGAUGUGUUCAAGCAAGCUGUAAGCUGGGCAGUGCUGAAGAAGAUACGCUGUUUCUGAUCAUGUAUCCACCGUGACCUCUGCAAUCAUAGUAGCACUGGAGCUGUUGCAAUUAUGCUAAUUUCACAUAAAGGCCAUCACCACACUUGUGGGAGCUGACCAUUAAUCAGUGUUUCUUUGUUGGUCAUCAUUUUGAAAACACAUGACUCCUCUUCUAAUGGAAAACUAUAGACUAUUAUUCUGGGGGUGGAUAAUUCUACUUUGCUUUAUAUAAACUUUUGCUAAAAAUAACAGCAACCUCUUUAAAACCCUGUAUACUCUCACUUAAAAUAGGAACCUUCAGAAGUUUACUUUUAGCACAGUUUUUAUGAAGGAGAUCUUUCCUCACUACCCCAGUCACUAUGAUCAUAUCAGUUGUGUUCUUCACUGAUGUGUUAGGAUCAGUAUCAAAUGCAGAGUAAUUUUAUUGUAAACAUAACCCAUACAACUAUAUGUAGUUGCAAGUUAUGAUGGCGCCUUAAGUACAUUUUUCAGUGUAGAAAAAAGAUAAUUAUACAUUGAAGCAUGAAUGUGAAAGUUUUCAUUAUUUAGUUUGUGUGAAUUCUUCCCUAUACUAAUUUAUUGGAGGUUCCAGUAUGUUUUAUUACAGUACCAAAGAUUUAUUUAGUUCCUUGUUAGAAGGGAGUGUGUUCCCAUUUGGGCAGAAUUACUGGAUUAGGGUUAGUAUUUUGGAAAUUGUUCUGACUGCACUGAUACCAGCCCAUUUAAUCUUGCAAGAAGCGGCCAUUGGAAUUCAAUGCAUUUAUAAAUAAAUCAAUUUUCCCUUUUUAAUUUUUGUACUAGUUCAUCUGUAUUUAUGAAUUAAACUUGUGCAUUUAAUGAGCAUUAUUAAAAAUUUUAUAAACCCA